AUCCUUUAACCCUAGACGCUAAAACCACAAUCUCCGUCCCCCUCCCCCCAUUGCUGUCACACUCUCUCUGUGUAUCUUUUCAGCUCUUUCUUCCCUAACCAGCAGCAGCACCAGCUUCCGCCGUCGGAUCCGAAAUGCCGCCGAAGUUUGAUCCGACCCAGGUGGUGGAAGUGUUCGUCCGGGUCACUGGCGGCGAAGUUGGAGCAGCGAGUUCCCUCGCUCCCAAAAUCGGGCCACUUGGUCUCUCCCCAAAGAAAAUUGGUGAAGACAUCGCCAAAGAAACCGCCAAGGACUGGAAGGGCCUCCGCGUUACCGUUAAGCUCACCGUUCAGAACCGUCAGGCCAAGGUGGCGGUGGUCCCCUCCGCUGCCGCUCUGGUCAUCAAGGCCCUGAAAGAGCCCGAGCGCGACCGCAAGAAGACCAAGAAUAUCAAGCACAGCGGCAACAUCUCCCUCGAUGACGUCAUCGAGAUCGCCAAGGUGAUGAGGCCUAGGUCCAUGGCUAAGGAUUUGAGUGGAACUGUUAAGGAGAUUCUUGGGACUUGUGUAUCCGUCGGCUGCACGGUCGAUGGGAAAGACCCAAAGGAUCUGCAGCAGGAGAUUACUGACGGCGAUGUCGAUAUCCCGCAGGAUUAAGAGUCAUAUUUAGUACUAGUAACAGACAUAACUGUGCCUUUCUCUAUUUAUUUUGGAGUUUUGUGCCUGCUUUUGCUUUUCUUUCUCUUUUUUUUUUCCUUUACCUUUCUUUUUGGAUAAUGGGAAACUCAGAUAUCGGAGACUUUGUUAAUUUUUCAUAAUUAAGUUUUGGAUGGAGCUUUCAGGAAUUGUUGUUAUCGUUA